GAACAGACAGACAGACAGAGAAUGGCGGUUGCGGGAGUAGACGAGAAUUCGUUAGAGUAUACGCCGACGUGGGUGGUGGCUGUAGUGUGCUUCAGCAUAUUGUUCAUUUCUAUCGUUGUUGAUAGAUUCAUUCGCUGCGCCGGCCAGUAUUUGGAGGAUAGCAAAUGGUGGCCGCUUGUCGGCGGCUCAAGGAAGAUCAAAGAUGAAUUGAUGCUAUUGGGUGUCAUAUCGCUUCUCUUGACGGUGUUCCAAACUAGAAUAGCGAAGAUUUGCAUAUCGGAGCGACUCGACAACGUCUUGCUGCCUUGCAAGAAGCCCGACUCUUCUUCUGCCAUCGCCAAUUUCAUUACUGGUUCCUCCGCUUCCAGUGCAACACGAGGACGCCACCUCCUCGCCGUGGCUUCUGAUACCACAGAUUACUGUAGCCAAAAAGGGAUGGUGGCAUUGCUGUCUGUUGAAGCAGUCCACCAGCUGGACGUUUUCAUCUUUGUGCUAGCUACCUUUCACGUGAUCCUCUGUGUGCUCAAAGUAUUAUCUAUGAUAAUUCAAUGGAGCAUGCUGGAGAUAUACGACGAAUGGAGCCAAAAAGAUGACAUCCAAAAUGGUAACAUUGUUGAAUUCAUCCUCCUCCAGCAAAUAUGGUAAAAGGGAGGAGAAGAUGAGUGAUCUCACUCCUCAAAAUUCUUGUACAGUCUCCAAAGGAAGUUCCUAAUUUGAUUGAGGUGUUUCUAUUCUGUUUUUAUCCGCAGUACUCACAAAAAUUCAGGAACGUUAUAAUAACCCACUUGGCUCAUUCAGAUAUAUGCUCGUGUCGAUUCUGCAGAAGACGUUCACUUCUUUGACCGAGCAUGAGUACAUCGCUCUUCGUCAGAACUUCAUCGCGGCACGAAAUCCCAAGGAACCAGGGAAAGAUUUUCAGAAGUACAUAAUGAGGACUUUGCAAAAGGAUUUUGAGAAAAUGAUGGGAAUCA